AUGGAAGAGAAAUUUACAUUACACGGACUUACUAUUACGAUAGCUUUGAAUGAUGGUAAAAUAUACGAAAGACGACCGGAUGCUAUCAUCCAAGCGGCAUGGAAACAUACGGCCGACGGUGGACAGGCACGCGCUUCCAUUGAUUAUGAUGAUCAACUUCCACAAAGUACUUCGUACAAAUCCGAAAUCGAACGUCUAUUUAUCGACUAUGCACCUUCUUCCUUCUUGACUAAGAUAACGUCGGGUCCAUUUCACGGUAUGGAUGUUCUUACCGUGAAAGUACCUGAUUAUAAUUCCACUCGUUUUCGAGAAGAUGAUCUCAUUGGAUCAUAUCAGGAAGGCUUUAACGUGGCUAAUGCAAAGAAUUGGCGUUUUGUACAACUAACGACAUUUGGUGUGUCAUCGGGCUAUGAUCCAACAGACGCAGCACAGAUUGCAUACAAAUUCUUCUCAACUUAUAACGGUAGCGUUAAGGAGAUUCGAAUUGUCUGUUGGGGCGAUAGGAUUUGCUUAAACUGGAUACGAGUUUUCAAAAAUGCACCCCAUUCAAACCAGCAACACGCAUCAUCCCAACCACAUCAUUUGUCAACUCUACAAUCCACAUCACCAACGCCUACUAGUAACGUAGCUUCAGCAUAUCCACAGUCAUCAACAUCACCAAGACCAAAUCAAACGUCAACUGUGGAAAAACAAAACGAUAAUAAAAGUGUGAAGUUUGGUCUAAAUAAUAAUUCAUUGACAGUUUGGAUGAAACAAGGAGAUCUCUCAAAAGAAAAAUGUGAUGCUGUUGUUAAUCCUACUGGACCUACCAUGGCACCCGAUGGGGGUGCUGAUCAAGCGAUCCACAAGGUCGCUGCACAGUUUUAUACUGUUCAAGUGCAAAUUGCGGUAGACCGUCAAGGUGGACAUUAUCCUGCAGGAGAAUCGAGGAUAUUUAUUAGUGAUACAAAAUGUCCUAUACCAUUCAUUAUCAAUACUGUUGGACCGAUCUAUGCUUCCAACAAUGCUCAAGAAGCCAGUAUGCAACUGCAGUCGUGCUAUGAAUCAUCGUUAGGGCUCGCUAAUCUCUACAGUUUGAGAUCGAUCUCGUACUCGGCCAUCUCGUGUGGAAAUAAUCGUUUCCCCCCACAACUAGCUGCUAAAAUCGCUUUUGAAUGUGUUCAAAAGUUUGCUGGAAAGUUAAAAGACAUCCGAUUCGUUUUAUAUGAUCCAAAAAUACUUGAAGUUUUUAUUCGCGAGUGGACGGCAUUGGCUGAGGAAACAAAUCGAGCUCCACCUCCUAAUUCACCAACGUUAUCUCAACCAGUUGUUUCGAAGCCUGCAGCGGUGCCCAUUGAAACUCAGACAGAAGACACGAAUUAUGGCAGCAAUGAGGCUCCUAGAGUACAAUCGUCAGCUACAACUAGACCAGCGUACAAUCGUGUACCAGGAAGCUCAUCACCACUUAACCAACAUAACUCUUAUAAUAACAACAACCGAAACCCUUCUGAGUCAUCGAGUCAAUAUCAUUCUACGUAUCCUUCACACAAUAGCACGAUGAAUUCAACUAUGCCAUCGAAUUCCAAACCGAAUUUGGCAAACACCAAACGUAUUUAUCAUGACGCCUACGCAACAUCCGGCAGCGUCACCCCUGCUUAUCAAUCUUCGUCAUCAAGAGAACGUUAUUUACAGGAUCAGGACAACAACGGAUAUGAAAAUGAUCGACGAAGACGACCUGAGUUGUCAUCAUCCACUGUCGCUGGUUAUCAAUCACGAACAGGAUCAUCGCAACAACAACAAGAUAUACUCUCGAGAAGACCAGGUUCAUCCGCAUCUGCUUCUACUCAUAAUGCAAGUGAUUACGAUCAAGGUCCUAGACAUGAAGAUGUCGAUUGUAUUGUUGUACCAGUUCCAGAUGAUAUUCAGGAAAAAUCUGCAAACUAUUCAUUGUUCAAAACAAUCUAUAAUCGAGCCAGUAAAGAUCUUCAGAAGGAUCUUAACCGUAAAAGUUCCAAACCAGAUUUUGUGGAGUGUUGUGAUGGUGUUGGUGGCAAUGCCGGAUUUUCGACUGAAGAUGUGACUAAUGUUCUAAUUAGAUCAAUCGAAACCCAUCGUGAUAAACUGUCUGAAGUACGAAUAGUUAUAAACGAUAGACAUGUCUGGCAAGAUUUUGAACAAAAUUUUUGUGAAAAAAGUAAAGCCAAAUUUGUGUGGAUCAGAGACGAAUUUGAAGAAGAACAGAAAGAGAAGACAGGACCGUCACAUGAUGGUGGAAAAUCAACACAAUCGACCGAAAAUAAUCACAAAAAAUCUGAUUUUGCUUUUAAAUGUUUUAGAACCACGUACAAUCAAAAUUCUCAACCAAAUACUGAAGAAUCACAGUUAUCACCUCAAACAUCAUUGAGUUCAACCAAUGAUAGUCGAUCAUCUGUGUCAAAAGGCAGAGGCCAACCAAGAUCAAUCCCCACAGCACAACCACCACAAAUGCCAAAUGCUUCCAAAAAUCAUUCAUUAUCGUUAUCGAAUACAACAUUUCUUAAUCGUCGAAUUUCUCGAACAUUUCGUAUUAAUCAAAAUAAAACAGAAUUAGUCAUAUUACAAGGUGAUAUAACAAAAACAAAAUGUGACGCUAUUGUCAACGCUGCCAACGAACAUAUGACCGGAGGCGGUGGCGUAGAUGGGGUCAUUCAUCGUGCAGCUGGUAGAGAGUUUACAAAUGCGUGUUAUGCUCAUAAGGAGAUUUUUCCCCAUAAUCGUCUACCAACUGGUCAUUCGCGUAUACUAUUGAGUUAUAACAUGUCAAAUAACAUUUCUUAUAUCAUAAAUACGGCAGGUCCGGUAUAUCAUGGAACAGAAAAAUGUGCUAUAUCAUUAAAGUCCUGUUACCGAACGUCAUUAGAGUUAGCUAAUUUGUACGAUUUAGAGUCCAUUGGUUAUACAGCUAUAUCAUGUGGUAUCUUUGGUUAUCCUACUGUAGAAGGAGCUGAAAUUGCCCUGACAACAAUUAAUGAAUUCGCUAAUAAUAUUAAAAAGGUUUACUUUGUUUUAUGGGAAGAUCAUAUUUAUGAUACAUGGUUAACAAUGGCACAAGAAUUAGGAUUUAUUACGUCAGAUACACUGCCCGGUUAUCAGCAAAGUUCUCAAACUCACUUAGAUGACAAACCAAGCCCAAGAACAUCAAGUACAGAAAAAUUCAAUCAACUCAAGCCCGUCCUCGAUUUGUCAGGUCCGAAAAUAUUAGCUGAUAGCUUAAAUAGUGAUCAAUAUUCAGUAGAUGAUUUAUCAAAGUGUUUACCCUCCCCACCGGUGAAUAGGGAAGAGGAGACUAGUUUUGAAGAGAGUGGUAAUCGUGAAAUAGAUCCUGUUGAUAUGAACAAAAAAAACAGUCAACAAAGUGAUCAACAAGUAACUGAUGGCGGAACCGAACAUGUUGCAAAACCAGUAAUAGGGAUCGUGGAUUGA